GGAGGUUAGCGGAAGUUGUUUCAGCUGCCAUGUUUGGUUGCUUUGUUGUAGGCUUCUACUAGGUUUCCUACAGAAUUAGUAAGUGUGGAAAUGGAGCCGAGCUGGAGUACGUUUCUUUUUCAACAGGCCAAUGAAGCCCUCCACCACCAGCACCAGGUGGCCCAGAAUAGCCUGCUGCCUCUUCUUAAUGCAGGAGCUGAACAAGUUGACCAGAAGCCUGUCCUGCCCAUCCAAAUAGACCAUAAGCCACCUACCAGUGCUGCCGAUCUCCUCAAAGACAAUGUGGCUAGUGGAGGAGGGCAACGGCCACCAGUGCCUGUGAUAAAGAAGGAACACAAAGGCAAAACACCCUUCGUCUGUGGCUACUGUAACAAGGCCUUCCGUGACAGUUACCACCUGCGACGUCAUGAGUCCAGCCACACCGGUAUCAAGAUGGUGUCUCGUCCGAAGAAGACAGCCCAAACAGCCCCCACCAUGGUACCCAUGAUCUCCACGAUGCCGCGAGAGAACAAUGGCAACUCUUCCUACAUCUCCACGGUAGCAGGCAUCCUCUCCACAGCAACCACCUCUGUUUCCUCAGGCACAAGUAUUAUGACGUCAUCUGCAAUGGGCAACGUGCCACAGCAAAAUGUCGUCAAGAAACCUGCCAAACCUGUCAAGAAAAACCAUGGAUGCGAGAUGUGUGGCAAGGCCUUUCGUGAUGUCUACCACCUGAAUCGCCACAAGCUAUCCCAUUCAGAUGAGAAGCCUUUUGAGUGCCCCAUUUGCCAGCAGCGCUUUAAAAGGAAGGACCGGAUGACCUACCAUGUUCGCUCUCAUGAUGGGGGAGUCCACAAACCCUAUGUAUGUUCUGUGUGUGGGAAAGGCUUCUCUAGGCCAGACCACUUGAGCUGCCAUGUGAAGCAUGUGCAUUCCUCAGAAAGACCGUUUAAAUGUCAAGUCACGGCCUGUACCUCUGCUUUCGCCACCAAAGACAGACUCCGUUCCCACAUGAUCAGGCACGAAGGCAAGGUCACCUGUAGCAUCUGUGGGAAGAUGCUCAGCGCUGCCUACAUCACCAGUCAUUUGAAGACUCAUGGACAGACCAACUUCAACUCCUGUAACAAAGAUGGUAAUGAAGUCUGCAAUUCUGCCUCUGCUACACCUGUGACCAUCUCUGCUCCCAUCACCACAGCGAUGAACCGGGGCAACGCAAACAACAACCACCCCGUCACCAUAGCCGCACAAAUGAACAUUAGCACCAACACAGUCAACAUCACAUCUCCAGUCAGCCUCCAGCACCCAGUCACCAUCACCGGGCCUGUCAACAUCGCCUCUGUGAACAUCCCCGCCACGGCGCCCAUGAAUAUUGCCCACCCAGUCGCAAUAACGACCCCCAUGCCCAUGAAUAUAGCCGGUCCGCUCAACAUCGCAAUGAGGUCCGUGGAUAGCAUGCCUUUUCUGUCCCAAGUCUUGCCUUCAUCCCCACCCUGGUAAAAAGGAGAGACAGGAUUGAACUGGCCAGAAAGAAAGGGAAAAUGAAGUGAAUCAAGAUCCUGUCCUCAUCUUUGCACCUCAAGCCCGGCUCUUCCUCCCUCUUCCCCCCCCGAACAAUGUUCACUUCAUGAAGCCCUGAAGUGAAUAUUUACGAGCUGCGUGGCCGGUAGGAGCCCCAGUCGCAGCUGUGUCCCAACUAAGGUUAAGUGACUGAUGUGUGAUGCAGAACACUUGAGUAGAAUUUGAGUAGGAUUUAUCUUGAAAUCAGGACAGCCGUAAGACUUAGUGUAGUCAGUUAGAAUGAUGAAACUGUGAUUUGUAUCAUGACAAACGAGAGGAUUCCUCAAGCCGCCUUGAGGACUCCGUAGGAAAACACACCUGUGCUUUUGUAAAAGGGAGAUGUGAAAUGAACUGAAGCAAUAACUAUAAAUUGCUGUUUUUGAUGUUUUGCAAGUUCUCUCCCAAAGCUUCUGGGUGUUACUUUGUAUGUUGUUUUUUUUUUUUUUUUUAACUAUAGCCUGCUAAUCACUAUUUAAUGUUAUAGGAAAUGAGUCUAGUAAAAGGGACAGCAGCUUCCACUUGCAUGGAAGAGUAUUUUUUCACAAUGCUAUAGCGUUUCUUUUUCUUCUCAGAUAGUAAGUAUGCUCUUGAGGUACAGUGACUAACUUGUACAGUUGACAUAGUAAUGUAUUUUCAUGUCAGCAUUUUAAUUUUUGCUUUUGUCAUUCAAGUGGAUAUCUCAACACUGUCCCCUUGACUAUGAAAUAUUUGUACUUUGUGUUCCAUUUUUAUGGAAGCACAAAAGUUUGUUUUUAGUUGUCUCUUUGUAGUGUUAAGUUUUCCAUGAAGUCAGAAUGGAACGAGUCUUGCACUGAAAGCAUAUCCUACAUACAGGUGAACAGCAGUAUUAUCAAAGAUCAAAUUGGAGUCUUAAGUGUUUUGGUGAGCCUGCACUUGAGGGCCAUCUAGUGGCUGAACAUGGAAAUGCCUGGCCUUGUAGUGAAGCUUUUUCAGGCUGUUACUGUCAUCAUAAUGGUGACCGAAUAGUUUGGCUGACUCUUCUGUACACUGUUGUAUUUUUUAUUUUAUUUUAUAUAUAUAUUUAUCGCUUAUCUGUUUUAGCCCCAAGAUAAUACUAAGGACCCUUCACUCAGGAAACACACAGAAAAGAACAUUUACCCAUGAACUUGGUUCUUUUAAAUUUGAUAUCUACUGUGUAUUUGAUUCUUGGCUUUUUCAUGUUCCUUUCUGGAUUCCCUUAAACGUUUGACUUCAGACAGGAACAAGAAGUUGAAGCCUCAGUGAUUUUAAAUAGCCGUCCAUUUCAACCGAUCAUUUACUGUACAAUGAAAUAAAUGCUGUACCUUUUUACAUUUCUUUUAAAGUCCAGUUCAGUCUCAGUCUGCAUGACUGACAACUGGAAGAUUCUGAUAAAAUGCAAGUUUGUGUCCAUUUAAAGAAAAAUGGGACAAGAUUGACGUUGCAUGACCCCGAACACUGUAGCUGUUAAACAUUAACUAUUUUUUAAUGAAUGCCAUGUUAUCUCAGCAGUGUUGCAGCUCUUUGAGUUGAUUCAGUUUUUACUGAAAAAUGCAAUAUGCAUGUUGUCAUUUUUUUUCCAGGUUUUGUUUUAAACAAAAUAUUAGCGUAGCUUUUUUUUGUUUUGUUCUUAUGCAUUUACGUAGCGACACUAUUAUAGCCUGUUUGCCAAAUUUGAAACAAUAAUAAUGUGAUAAACUGAAUAUUUCUUGUGGAGUUGAACAUCUCUUUAUUUUUAAGGAAAACAGUUGAUUGGAAAUUCCAGUACCCUUGUGAAAGCAGUUGAAUGUAUAUCUUUGUACAAAACUAUUUUAGUUCCAAGGACAUGGUAGUUACAAUAGAUGUUAAAGAUAAGAUAACCUUUUUUAUAAAUCUUUUGUAUUAGAACAUUAACAUUGAUAAUUUUGUAUAUACGAGAGGCUAGGCUUUCUGAUUAGCAGAAAGGUCAAACAUUCCUACAUUUUUUUUAAAUGUACGUUUGUCAAAUUAUUACAUAAACAUGCGCAAUGUUAUGUGCCUUUUAUUUGGGUUGUCUAAAUAAAAGAAAACUAUCAAAUGUG